UACAUCAGUUCUCUUCUAUUUGUUUUCUUUUCUGAUUUCUUUCCUUGAAAGUUUUUGCUUUGUCCAACUUUUUCAUACAUAGUUUGAUCUGCAGACGGUUGGAUUCGCUUCUUUCAAAGUGGGGAUUAUGUUCUUCUAGCGAACAUGUUUGCAAGUGCUAGCCAAUGGAACAAAGUGACAAGAGUGAGAGAGGCAAUGAGAAACAGAGGAGUUCAGAAACCAGAGCCAGUAACAGCCUUGGGAAUGUCAAAAUCAUUCAAGCCAACACUAUAUCCUUCUAAAAAGAGAAUCUCCUUCAGCAAUGGCUGCAACAUAUUAAAGAACUUAACAGCCUCUUUUGUUCCCUUCUUGUCAAGAAUAGAAGUAACAAUCUCUGUGAAUGAUGACCGCAGUAAAUCUCUAUUGAAAUCAAUCCUCACCAUUUCACUUUUACUGAUCAAAUGCCUCUCCUCAAAGCAGUCAAAAAACGCAGUUUUGAAAAUUUUGAAUGUUAGAGAAGUGCUACUGUGA